AUGAUGCGUCCACGGCCUGCGUCUUCCUUGCAGAAGACGUACGACGAUUGCUAUCUCGCGUGCUCCACCGCCGUGUACUUUGAGGGCCAAAACAAUGAGGAGGAAGCAUUGCGGUCCUGGAGAUCUGCCCUCGAGACUAUCUAUCAUCACAAUGCCCGCCGUGUGCCCUCAAACUAUACUCCGAAAUCCGAAACAGAGAAAGCCCUGCAGGACUCCAUUCGGGCGCUAGAGGUUCAAUGCCGAGAACGGGUCGAUCUACUAAGUGCUCUCCAAGCAAGCAGGAAAGAAUCUGCAGAGACAAAUGGCAAUAAAGAGAAGGCUACUCUAGUCAAGGGCAAAUCUGUCCCCAGCAUACCUUCCCCGUCACCUUCGAACACUCCUGGAUGGAUCGGAGAUGGAACAAUUCCUGCCGUGGGCUACACCGACCUUUCCAAACCAGCCACCAUACCUGGCCGCCAUGGGCUGCCGACGAAACAAAUUCAUGGUUCGCCGCCACUUAAUGAUGAUGCUGGUCCAGCGACCCUAUCGGCGGCUAGUACACCUGCACUGCGUGUGAACUCCAACUCUUCGGACAAAGCGAAGUCGCGUGGCUCCAGCCCCGAGCGCCGGAAACCCAUGUUGACAACUCUGCGCAGCAGUGACGCCAAGAAGAAUGGCAAGAAAGUCAAGGUAGCAUCAAAAAAGAAGGAUAUGAGGCCUGCUGCCUCCACGGCUGCGGGUCUAGCAUGGGGUAGCAUCUAUCGCCCUUCAUUGGGCGAGAAGCCUGUGAGCGAUGCGGCUCUGGUGUCAUCCCGGCAAAGCGCCGCUGCCCAUGAUCUCAGUUUCCGCCGAGAGUUAGAACCAAGACCUAGUUCUAGGGAUGAGUCUCGGCAGGCGAGAACUCGCAGCCCCCGAGACCACCUAACCGGGGACUCAAGUCCUGCUGCCCGUUUCCGAGAGCCUGCUCGUUCGUCUCCGAAGAGGUCCUCCCCUAGACCACCUACUCAGUCUCCUAGUGCGCUGCCACCGCGGGUGUCUCGACCUCCACUUGGCAGCCCCAAACUACAACAUCCUCCUCAUUCAAUGUCCAUGCCGAACCCGGAUGACUUCACGACACCUAAACCAUCCAUCAAACCCAAGCCCGUGGCCUUGCGAUCUUCCCAUGAACCGACAAGCCAGCCAAUGCAAACCACCAAGUCCGAGAAUACUUCAAAUAGUUCUCGGAAUCUGACGCCUCGGCUUGGCCGUCAAUUAAGUUCUUCCAUCGAUAUGCCGCGGACAAGCUCUGCGCCUAGAUCUCCCAAGAUUGGGGAAAGGGCCCGCGGUUCUCCAUCAUCCGCUAGCGGGGACGAUCUUCAUCGCGGUGUCGACCGGCUCGCUAUAUCUCAAAAGAAUAGUCCAAUACGGCGCAAAGCCCCACCAGUCCAACAGCGAGAGACACCAUUGUCAAGCGACCAUGAGUCUUCAGAUCAACCGACCAUAGCAAGCGAGACAGGGGACGAAGAUGAGGAAGAAGACAGUGAAACCUUGAAGAUCAUGGAAAAAUUGCCUAGGGGUGUGGAUCCCCAGUCAGCAAAGCAAAUCCUGAACGACAUCGUAGUACGCGGUGACGAAGUGCACUGGGACGACAUAGCAGGAUUAGAAGGAGCCAAAAAGGCCCUCAAAGAAGCUGUAGUCUACCCGUUCCUCCGUCCGGACCUCUUCUCUGGUCUCCGUGAGCCAGCUCGCGGAAUGCUCCUCUUCGGCCCCCCAGGCACAGGCAAAACCAUGCUCGCACGAGCAGUAGCCACAGAAUCAAAGUCAACCUUCUUCUCCAUCUCCGCCUCCAGUUUAACAUCCAAAUGGCAUGGUGAAAGCGAGAAGCUCGUGCGCGCCCUUUUCGGGCUCGCCAAAGCCCUCGCUCCAUCCAUCAUCUUCGUCGACGAGAUCGACUCCCUCCUUUCUGCUCGAUCAUCCGGCUCAGAGCACGAGGCCUCCCGCCGCUCCAAGACUGAAUUCCUGGUUCAAUGGUCUGAUCUCCAGCGUGCAGCUGCUGGCCGCGAACAAACAAGUCGCGAGAAGAAAGAAGGCGAUGCUAGUCGUGUACUCGUUUUAGCGGCGACCAAUAUGCCUUGGGAUAUCGACGAGGCUGCACGUCGCCGCUUCGUCCGUCGCCAGUACAUCCCCUUGCCGGAACACCAUGUUCGCGAGCAGCAGAUACGCAAGCUUCUCAGUCACCAGCACCACGAGCUAAGCGAUGCUGAUAUCCAGGUCUUGGUACAGGUGACAGAAGGCUUCUCCGGUUCAGACAUCACAGCGCUUGCCAAAGAUGCGGCCAUGGGUCCCCUACGCAAUCUGGGUGAGGCCCUGCUACAUACACCCAUGGACCAGAUCCGUGCCAUUAUAUUCCAAGAUUUCGAAGCAAGUUUGUAUUCCAUUCGACCUAGUGUAUCCACCGAUGGACUCAAGAAAUAUGAAGACUGGGCUAAAGAAUUUGGUGAGCGUGGCGGAUAG